AUGAAAGCCUCUAUCGACGACAGAUGCACAAGGUUCCGACAGCCUCUUUCCGAGGAACAACUUGACUAUUUCUACCAACGCGCCGUCGUAGACGAUAAUCACAAAGUUAUCUACUGUCCUGUCUGGAAGUCAGGCUCGACCUCUUGGAGAGCAGUUAUGCUUGUACUGGAAGGCUCAUUCAAAUCUCUCGACGAUGCCGUCAAAUCAGUUCGUUCGGUUAGAGGCUUGACAACAUUGAAAUCGUACAAGAACAGAUCAGAAAUUGAACUCAGACUUAGAACUUACAAAAAGUUUAUGGCUUACAGAGAGCCACUCAAUCGUUUCGCAGCAGACUACUUGAUGUUGAAAAGAAAAGGUGAAGGUUACGAACGACAAAGUCGCGAAAUAGUAAAAUACGCUAACUCCGUGAGAGGACGUCGUGAUCCCAAACAUCUGUGGCAAAACUUGAGCAUCUGCGACUUUGCCAAGUUUGUGUCUCGUUUCGGUAACGAGACAACGAAAAUGAUUAAAUUAAAUCACCAGUGGAUACCACAGAAUAUGGCAUGUUAUCCGUGUCACAUUCACUACGAUUAUUACAUCGAUAUGGAGAGUUUAACCGUUGACAGAGACAGUCGUUACCUAUUGAUGAUUCUAGGCGCGCCACAUUGGUUGAAGAUGCCUCAUGUCAAUCCUACGACUAAAGACAAAACUCCACAUUUGUUGCAACUAUCUGAGCAGUUGUACAAUCAACUUGUGUCUGUUUACUACAAUGACUACGAGAUUUUUGGUUUUAGGAAACCAGAACGCAGUAGCAUGGGACACUGA